AUGACGACAUCUGGAGUGCUACAGACUAUAGCUACACAGAUUAUACCUCAACAGACUACAGCACCACAGACUACAGCACCACAGACUACAGCACCACAGACUACAGCACCACAGACUACAGCACCACAGACUACAGGACCACAGACUACAGGACCACAGACUACAGCACCACAGACUACAGCACCACAGACUACAGCACCACAGACUACAGCACCACAGACUACAGAACCACAGACUACAGCACCACAGACUACAGAACCACAGACUACAGAACCACAGACUACAGAACCACAGACUACAGCACCACAGACUACAGCACCACAGACUACAGAACCACAGACUACAGAACCACAGACUACAGAACCACAGACUACAGAACCACAGACUACAGCACCACAGACUACAGAACCACAGACUACAGCACCACAGACUACAGCACCACAGACUACAGCACCACAGACUACAGGACCACAGACUACAGAACCACAGACUACAGAACCACAGACUACAGCACCACAGACUACAGCACCACAGACUACAGAACCACAGACUACAGAACCACAGACUACAGCACCACAGACUACAGCACCACAGACUACAGCACCACAGACUACAGCACCACAGACUACAGCACCACAGACUACAGGACCACAGACUACAGGACCACAGACUACAGCACCACAGACUACAGCACCACAGACUACAGCACCACAGACUACAGCACCACAGACUACAGAACCACAGACUACAGCACCACAGACUACAGCACCACAGACUACAGCACCACAGACUACAGCACCACAGACUACAGCACCACAGACUACAGCACCACAGACUACAGCACCACAGACUACAGGACCACAGACUACAGCACCACAGACUACAGCACCACAGACUACAGCACCACAGACUACAGCACCACAGACUACAGCACCACAGACUACAGCACCACAGACUACAGCACCACAGACUACAGAACCACAGACUACAGCACCACAGACUACAGCACCACAGACUACAGCACCACAGACUACAUCACCACAGACUACAGCACCACAGACUACAGAACCACAGACUACAGAACCACAGACUACAGAACCACAGACUACAUCACCACAGACUACAGCACCACAGACUACAGCACCACAGACUACAGCACCACAGACUACAGCACCACAACUAUAG